AUGUCUUAUGAAGCACAAAAGCAACGAUUCAAUUGGAUUCUAAUUUUUCUGCUUUCUCUCACCUUGGUCUCAUCCCACGAAACUGUGUCCUCGAAUUAUCAGGAUACACCAGGUGCAUCGACUUUGAAGAUAGAGGCCAAAGAAUCCGAGGCAUCGAUAACUUUAGGGAAGGAACUAGUCCUCGGUCCUCCUUUAUCAACCAAACCCUCAAUUGUCAUUGAUUCCAAUCAUAUUAUUUCUACAAAAAUUGUUCCUUUCGUAUCUCCUACAAUUAUUAAUCAAGUGUCUUCCGGAGAGCAUGCCGUUUCCCAAAGAACCAUCUCGAAAAAUACGGGUCCUCGCAGUUCUUAUGUUGACAAUCACAAGUCUUGGGUCAGCAAAAGUCCGAAGACUGCUUGGAAAAGGGACAGCUACCUUCAAGCACUAAUGCACUCACGUAACAGCGACGAUUCGCGAGAAGGGAUCAUACAGACUGACUCAAAGACGAAGACAAAUAGAAGAGAGUACGUGCAAGGGCCUAUUUACAAACCGGAAACAGAGUACGGUUCGCCCGAUUUGACAUACGCGUCGAAAAGUCCGCGAAUUACUUUUGGUGAACUCAACGCUCUUUCAUCUAGUGAUUCUUAUCCUCAAUCUUUUAAGUCAUCGAUGGACUACAGUAAUCGCUAUAGCGUACCGCAGAAUUCUUAUGGCCCGCCGCCGAAUUCAUAUGGACCUUCAAAUGAUGGUCUUCCUUUUCAUCCUCAAACUACUUCGUAUGGACUACCCGGAAACUAUCUACCACCCCAACAAGGUGAGACAAGGGCUUAUGGUGCGCCCUACGCGCUUUCGGAUGUAGCUCACAUUUCCCUUCUGCCAAGUAUUGAUCUAGGAUUGCCGUUUGCUCUCAAAUUAAAUGCAUUUACUGUCGCUAAAAUUAUAUUGAAGUUGGUGAUCUUUAAAAUGAUCGUAAAAUUUAUUGCGGUAAUCUGUUUGCUGCUUUUCAUACCUAAACUUGAGAUUAUCAAGAAGAAAGUUUCCAAUAAAGACGAUGACGAAGAACGCAAGUUUUCAGCGCCUUAUGCCAGUAUGGAAACACUAAACAAUCUCGAAGAUAUAGUAAAAAGCUCCAUUGAGAAGUACGAGAUGCAAAACAAUGCUCGUUCAAAUUCUACAAAGAAAUGCACGAUGUCUGCGUGUCGCAUCACCGAGGCAUUUACGUUUCAUGAAUCUUGGCCAGACUAUUUAAAUUUAUUUAAGAGUUAUGUAGAGGAAGAGAGGCAACUCAUCACAGAACAAAGUGGACAAUGA